UCACUGCCAAGGUGUUCUAAAUGCCUUUCAAAUUGCACAGCUAACUCGCAGCCCAUUCGAUAAUUCUGUACCAUUUGGCAUAUCAGUUCGAGGCAAGGAGUAUCGAUUUGCUCGUCAGGAUUUCAUGGAAUACCGAUUAUCCCAGAGUAGACUACUCGUCGAGUACUCUCGAGUGCUACUCGAGGGACUCGUGCCUGAGUCAGAGAGUAUAUGUUGCAUGUUGCAGCACAUAUAAGUUUGACAGCCUUAAGGGGAAUGGAGUAAUGGAAUAAUGUGAAUUGCGUAAAAGAGUUCGUUCUUUCGUUCAUCUCAUCUCAAAAGAGUUAGAGCAAAUGUGAUGUCAGUUAUCCAGCAGGUUAGCGCCAGUUAGGUUAGAAUCAUCAAGAAAUUCGUGGAAUUGAGUUCCGGCAAGUUGUUCAAGAAGAAAAACAUCCUUUUUACCCUAAAAAAAUGUCAUGGAUAACUGCGACUCCAAGGUUGCAAAGAGCUGUGGAAAUUAUCAACAAUCUUGAUUCAUCAAAAUUUCCACUUCUUUUAAAUCGAAUUGCCCAAGCUCUACAGGCAGGCUCUGGAGGAGGCAAAGUUUUUACAGAUGAAGAGGAAGAAAAACUGCAAGCGUCACUAAAUUUAGAUCAUGACAGUCUAAAAUUGUUGUUGGAAUCCACAUCGUACAUUAUAGAACAAGCUGCCUACCACAUGACUAAACCAGCAGUAUUCCAUCAUUCUCUUCUGGAGACACUAAAAAUGAAUAAAGAUAAAGCACAAACUUUUGUAAAUACUUGGUCUAAUACAGCAAAAGGAAUUGUGGAGCAACUUAGAAAAAAAUCUCUUUUUCCUGCCCAGUUGGAGGAUAUAAAAUGGUCUUUAAGGCUUCAAACAUCUUCCUCUACUCAUGGGAGGCAAGCAGUUCCUAAGGCAGUGUUUCAGUUUGGAAUAAAAGAAAAUGAUUCAGUGAAUAAUGUCACUGUUGACUUCAAUCAUAAUGAACUAUUUGAAUUUUACAAGAAGAUUGAAAAAAUUCAAGCUCAAUUAGAUAAUUUAAAAUGAUGUAAUGAAUGUUCUAAAGCACUGGAAAGAAAUAUGCUGACCUAGAAUCAGUUGUUAAUUUUUCAUACUUUUUGUAAUUAUUUUGUUUAAAACUAAAUGCAAAAUUUCAGAGCAGAAUUUGAAAAGUGAAAUGCAUUGGCUGAAUAGUUGUUAUUAAUAACAAAAACAGAUAUUUAACCCUUUGACUAGACUUUGCUCUAGACUAGUUAAUAUGCAAAAUAUUGCCUGAGAUCGUAUGCAGAACCGUGAUGUUCUGGGAGCCUUUGGACAAGUUCACCCAUAAAACAUGCUUUUGGCUAUCGCUAGGAUAGAUGUUCAAUAACUGAGAUGUCUUAUGCAUUAUCUAUAUGGGAACAAGCUCAGCACACGAGUGGCCCGCAGUGAGAGAAGCAUGACGCAAGUUACAUGACGUUUGCAUGGCUUGUAGUAGUUAAAGGGUUAAUUAAAUCAAUGUAAAAAAAUAUAUUUGUAGUUGUAAUCAUAGGAGUGGAUGUAAUGUAUUAAGUGUUACCAAAAUGUUUAUACUUUUGAAGGAAAUAGAGUGCAUUUGAAGACAACCAUUUUAGAAAAUCGAUAUAAAAAUGGAAGAUAAAAGUUUAAUUUUCAUAAUAGUACGUUUCUGUAUUCUG